CGCCGACUGAGACUGGACUAGCGGAGGCCGGAAGCACUUGGAAGUCACGUGCUGCCCGGGCCGCGCCAGUGAUUGGCGAGCUGGACGUGAAUGAGGCGGCCGUGAUUGCUGAAUUGUCUGGGCAGGUCUAAAGUCUCCAGUGAACCCUCUGACCUGUGCUUCCCUCUGAAGAGGAGGAGGGGAAGGCCUGCUCUCUAAGGGACCCAGUGACCAUAUCCCCAUCAGGAACCCUGAAUGCUCACAACACGUGUCAUCGCCAUGGAAUUCUGAAGUCCAUGUGGCUCCUCGCGGUGCACCAGGUGCUAAGGAAAAUGCAGAGACGCCACAGUAGUAACACAGACAACAUUCCACCUGAAAGGAGCCGUAGCCAGGCCCUCAGCCCUGAGACCAGUGUGGAUGAGGGUGGCGUGUUUGAGAGCCUGAAGGCAGAGACGACCUCCCCACCUGCACUCUUCUCGGGCCUGGCAGGCAGCCUACCUACUAGCACCUUCCCAGCUGGCCUGGUGUUGGGCUCUGCAGGUGGAGGGGACGUGUUUAUCCCCAUGCCUGCCACCAGAGAUGAGGCAGGUGGCCGCAGCGCCGAGGGCGGCACUUACCAUCACCGCCCACCCCACCACCACUUCCACCACGGCUCACACCGCGGAGGUUCCCUGCUGCAGCACGUCGGUGGGGAUCACCGCAGCCACUCAGAGGACGGUGGUGAUGAGCAGCCAGGGACACCUGCACCUGCACUGUCUGAACUGAAGGCCGUCAUCUGCUGGCUGCAGAAAGGACUGCCUUUCAUCCUUAUCCUGCUGGCCAAACUGUGCUUCCAGCACAAGCUCGGCAUUGCUGUGUGCAUCGGGAUGGCCAGCACCUUCGCCUAUGCCAACUGCACCCUCCGGGAGCAGGUGUCACUGAAGGAGAAGAGAUCGGUUCUGGUCAUCUUGUGGAUCCUGGCCUUUCUGGUGGGGAAUACCCUGUAUGUCCUGUAUACCUUCAGCUCCCAGCAACUCUACAACAGCCUCAUAUUCCUGAAGCCCAACCUGGAGACACUGGACUUCUUCGAUCUGCUGUGGAUCGUGGGCAUCGCAGACUUUGUGCUCAAGUACAUCACCAUUGCCCUCAAAUGCCUCAUCGUGGCCCUGCCCAGAAUCAUCCUUGCCGUCAAGUCCAAGGGAAAAUUCUAUCUGGUCAUCGAGGAGCUGAGCCAGCUGUUCCGAUCGCUAGUUCCCAUCCAGCUGUGGUACAAAUACAUUAUGGGGGAUGAUUCCUCCAACAGCUACUUCCUGGGAGGGGUUCUGAUUGUUCUCUACAGUCUGUGCAAGUCGUUCGACAUCUGUGGUCGUAUAGGUGGAGUGAGGAAAGCGCUGAAGCUUCUCUGCACCUCCCAGAAUUACGGGGUCCGAGCCACUGGGCAGCAGUGCACGGAAGCUGGUGCCAUCUGCGCCAUCUGCCAGGCUGAGUUCCGUGAGCCUCUGAUUCUUCUGUGCCAGCACGUGUUCUGUGAGGAGUGUCUCUGCCUGUGGCUGGACCGAGAGCGCACCUGCCCGCUCUGUCGCUCGGUUGCUGUGGAUACCCUGCGCUGCUGGAAGGAUGGGGCCACGUCGGCACACUUCCAGGUGUACUAAGCUGAACACCGAGGUGUCUAAGGAAAUGUGUGAGGGCCAAGUGCUGCUGAGCCCAGCCCUAUGAAUGCCUGGAAAACAGCCUCCAGCACUUUGGUCCUGCCUUCCAGCACCUCCACUUGAAGCCCCCAGACCUCCAUACCAAUACCUUCCUCAUUACCCUGGGAUGCAGUACGUGCAUCCUGUCCUGUUAGAAAGGGACCCCUUCUAAGGUUUGGCCUCCCUGCAGGUAAGUGAUUAUCCCCUCUAAGUCCAGAAAUUGGUCAUACCUGAAGUUCUCCCCUUGUUUAACCUGGUUCCAGCUGCUGGUACUAGAUGCUUUACACUAGGUAGGGAAGCUCUCAGCACCCAGCCCAGGCCUGCAAAUGAGAGCCACUGGGGAGAUCUUCAAAUGCAAACAUGGCCCUGCCACUUACCUACAGGAAUGUAUAGCACCAGGAAGCCCAAGCAUCCUGCUGGUGUGGCCUCCAAAACAGCCCUGGGAUGAGGGUACUCUCAUCCUCCCUUCCCUUUGACAGGGAUGAAACAGGUGUGCAGCUUGGUGAGGUCACCUAGCUGGUAAAGGCAGAUGAGACUCCCGCAUUGGCUGGUGCUGAUGCUGUGGGGAUGGGAACCAGCAGAGCUGGCUUGUUAAAAACAGAGAGGUGGUUCUGACAUCACUCCCUGGCCUAACAUCAGUGACCAGGGCAGGCAGGCACACAGCAUGUCAGAGGAGGACUGUGCUGAGUACACUGGCUGCUGAAGUCUAAUUGUGAUCAGAGCCAUGAAAAGACUACUCUCAAGAUUUCUCUUUUCCUGGGUCUUGCUGAGGAUACUCAGUCCCGUUUGGGUACCUAGAAGCUUGGUCCAGAAGUGCAUGGCAUUGGGCCUCUGUCAUUUCUUUUCUCCUUCUCAUCCAUCCUCUACCUCACUGAUGUCUCAGGCCUGUGCACAGCUCUUGUGGACAUGGCUGACUCCCAGGGGAGAGUGGGGGGUGGGAAGCUAAAGGGAUAAUCCCUGCUACAGAUGGCAUGCAGCACAGUAACAAUCCUUCCCCUCCCUCUCUCUGGUGAGGUAAUUAGCUCAGAGAAACAACAGUCUUUCCAGAGUCUUUGAAAAAAGUCCUUUAUGUCUUUAACCAAACACCUGAGAAGGGACCACAGGGAACACUGGAAACGGAGACACCCAGAUGCAGUCCACUUCUGUAGUCGCUAAGACAGGGCUGCUUCUCCCCCUGGGAAACUCCCUCCUUGAAAACCUGGAAUGAGAUAGUACAGGUGACCAUACAGAUGCCUCUGGAAUCCUGCCUGCUUUACCCUGUCCCAAUCUUGUUCCCUUAUCCAUCUUAGUACAACAGGCUGGCGCCAGCCACAUCACAAAGAAAACAGUGUGUGGCUAGCAUGCAAGCCCAGGGAUAUAUUGGGGUGGGGGGCAGGACUUGCUGCCAUCUCCCUCCCCUCAGUAGAAUCAAGUCAGGUAACCCCCUGCAUCAGCUCUACAGGAUUCCUUCCUUUGCUUGGCCUUCCUGACUCGUUCCUGGUACCCAGCAAGACUCUCCUUCCAGGGCACCACUGCGUCCUUCAAGCUCCGUUACUAUGGCAAUGGUUGUGGUGUUAAACAAUCCUACUUGCCUGGAUAAUCAAAGAGGAAGAGGGAGGAAAGGGCUGCUCUGUUCUCUCUGCCUUCAGGGAGGACCUACAAGAAGCAGUAGUACUUAACCAUAACUGAUUUUUAUCAGAGAUUGCUUUGCCCGAAGAUGCUGUCAUUAUCGUGGAGAGAUUGGGGCUGGGAAAACCUCACAGAAGUGUGGCGUGGGAUGGAGCAGACAGAUCGAGCUAUCAGGAGUCAGAUCUGGAACCUGAUUCAAACUGCAUGACUUUGAGAAGUCUCUGCAGCCAUCAAUGGGUGGCAAGACCUACUGCGUACUUUCUGGGACCAAGGAAAUUAACAACAGAGCUGCACAUAUAUAUCAUUUGGUAGAGCACUUGCUUAGCAUGCAUGAAACACUGGGUUUCAUCACCAGCAUUACAUGAACUGGGCACAGGGGUGCACACCUUUAAUGUCAGCACUUGGGAGAUGAAAGCAGGAGGAUCAGAAAUUCAAGGUCACUCCUUGGCCACAUACAAGCUCCAGGCCAGCCUGUGCUACAUGAAACUCCUUUUCAAAAGGGAAACAAACAAUGUAGGUUAAUGAUGGGUGCUCCAGUGGUUUCACCAUCAUGCUAGUCCCAAUUUUUUUUCUAACAUUUUUGUAUAUAAUAAUGAUCCUCUAAAGAAUGUCACAGCUGGGGGCUGCUCCUUGGGGGAGGAGAGAUGAUGCACUUCAAGAGUCUAGUUAUUUGUUUCCUACCCUUUGGGGGAAUGUCCAAUAAGGAGUUUCUUCUGGAUCAGAAGCCUUUGCUUCUGUCCUGGGGUGGGGUGGGGAGGGCAGUGGCUAAGGCAGUUUCAUAAACACCAGGCUUUGUGAAUUCCCCAUCGUUUUCACAGAAGCAGCCAAAUGUCCCUGGGAGAACAGCACCGUUCUCCUGUGUUGGCCUGAGUCCUUUGUAAUCAGCAGGACGAGUGGAACAUCUGUUUCAGGAUCCUGUUCUCAGACUCAAGUUCUCCUCAGUCCUCAAUACUCACGUAUGAGAACUUGAGAAGAGUUAAGUGGGGGGAAGGGGAGCUGAAGAGGGAGCCAGUUAAGAGCACUGGCUGCUCUUCCAGAGGAUCCAAAUUUGCCUCCCAGCACCCAGGUUGGGCAGUUCACACUUGCCUGUAAUCACCCAGCUCCAGGAGAUCAGUGCCCUCUUCUGACCUCUGUGGGCACCUGCACAAAUCAGGCACACACACAUACACAUAUACAUAACUUAAAAAAUAAAGAUAAAUAUUUUUUAAUGUAUAUGGGACGAAGAAAGGCCUGCUUUGUACCUGAGUGUAACAGAGCCACCACCUUCAAUGAGUAAGAUGACACAGAUGCGAAGCCUGGAGGACACCCCAUUGCUGAGGAGGAAAUGGGGUCUGGGGUCUGCAGUACUUCUGCUCCAGGGCAAAUGGCUGCCUUUGAUGUGUUUGACAACCUUCUGCCAGUAAACCUCCCCUGUUGAUGUAA